CUGAAGGAGCAGAACAGAGAAGGAUCGAGGAUGGAGAAGGUUCUGUUCAUCGCCGCUGCUUCAGCCCUGUGUGCUGCCUCCCCUGCCAUUAAAGGUCGGAACUAUUUCAUUAAUGAGGAGAAAACCUGGACUGAAGCUCGGAGUUACUGCAAAGAAAAAUACACAGACAUGGUUACUGUAAGCAGCAUGGAGGAUGUGGAGAUCCUGAACGGCAUGAAAGGAAUAGUGAAUGAGAAACCCUGGAUCGGUUUGUCUAAUGGCACACUAAACUGGACCUGGUCCAUGGCAGACAAAGAUUUCUACACACAAAAUGAGGCUGGGUUUGCAAACUGGGCACCUGAUGUGCCGGACUACAUCAACAGCGAAGUUCAGUGUGCAGCGAUGAAUAACGCCGGCCAGUGGAACCCUGCAUCUUGUGAAAAUCCCCUUAUAUCAGUCUGCUCUAAAGUCAAUGGCUCAGACGUGUCAUUUUUCCCCAUCAACACUGAAAAGUCGUGGACUGACGCUCAGAGCCACUGCAGAGAGUCUUACACAGACCUGGCCAGUGUGAGAAACAUAACAGAGAAUGAGGAAAUAAGCAAUAUGAUACCCGAAGGACAGUCAGCCUGGACCGGUCUUUUCAGAUACCCGUGGAAGUGGGUGGAUGGGAGUAUCUUCUCAUUUAGCUACUGGGGAGUCAAUGAUCCAGGUCGUGCGAAUGAUAACUGUGUAGCGGUAGACUUUGCAGAUUCUGGAAAAUGGAAAAUCUUUAACUGUAGCGAGACAAGAACAUUUAUUUGCUACAAAGCACCCUUUUCAAAACAAGUGGUGAGACUGAGGCUGACGAGACCCUCUGUGGAUCUAAAUGACCCUACCAUGCUGGACGCAUUGCUGACUCAGUUCAAACAGAACCUGAUGGCUCAGGGAGUGGGUGGAGACAUCAAACUGAGCUGGAGAAAACAGUCCGAUGGAAAAACCUUCCACAAGGAAAGAAGGCAGGACGCCACUUCAGGGAACGACGGAAUCUAACAGGGAAGAUGUUUCUCUGUUGAUCUCAGUUGAGAACUAGAUUAAUAUAGUUGUUGUAAAGAAUUGUUUGUGUAGAAGCCCUUCCUGGACGGAGGCUGAUAUUUUUUGAGGUGCUGUCUAGAUGGGGUAGGACUCUGUUAGAUGUGCAGUUUUUAAACAUUAAUGGAGGAGUAAGCACUGCUGACUGAACACUGCAUUCAGGUGAUGAGUUCCUGUUGGUGAAAUUAAUCAGUUUGUAGAGAUUUAUGAAUAUUCUUACAUGUCCUCAGACUGUUUUAUCUAAAAAGAUGACAGUUUAUGAUGAUCUAAGAUCAGAAUUCAUACCUCUAUAAAUGUCACAAAAACAGGAAGUGAUGUCAUUUUUUAAUUUAGGUUUUAUGCGUGAACUGUAAAGUUAUAGAUAUAGUUUUGGGGUUGAUUCAUUUCAUGUGAUGAAAAGUAUCUGUAAUAUCUCAUACAGGUGAAUAGAAAUGUUCUGGUGAUGCUUUCACUUUGUCAAAAACAACAGAUGUUUAGAUUUGAAUGUUUUGUUCUUUAUCUUCAAAUCAUUGUAAUAGUUUUAGAUGGAUGACCAAAUAAAAACAAUU